AACCCGAAUCGCCACAUUACCUAUUCCAUCCGAAACAAAAGAAAAGCGAAAGCUACUUCAAAGCUAUUAUACAAAAGAUGUUUUAAAAUUUUUGGUUAAUUUCGGUACCCCAAUGUUCAAAAAUCGUCGAACCGAUCCAAGAAUGGAGUGCGAAAUAUGUGAUAUCACCAGCAAUGCCGGUGGCCAUAAGCUUAAUCCCGCGGACCUUAAACCCGAAACCACCCUGGAGAUGGAGAUUGACGAGGCACUGUCCUCCAGCAGUGCCGAUGACACGCCGCCGGGCAUGAUGGUGGUAGAGACUCGCAUCAGUUCCUGGCCAAAGGUGCAGUGCUUUGAGUGCAAGGAUGCUACUACCACGGAUGCGGAGGAUCCUCAGCUGCCGGCCUGUUCGCUAGGCCUUAAGCCAAAUGUGCAGUUCCAGAAGCUUUCGCACCCAAAUCAUCCACUGGUCAGCACCGAGACCGCCCUGGCCGCCGCCUCCUGCUCCGCCUAUUCCAGAGCUCCAGCCAAGCCCUCGGUCACGGACUCCAUUGCCACGUUGCGCCACUGCGUCGAUGGUACCACCCAGUGCAAUAACCUGAAUUACGAGUCCGCAUCCAAUGAAUCGAUGCCCUCGGUGGGAUCGCUCGUGUGCCGCAUUUGUCACAAUGCCGAUAAUCCCGAACAACUCGUGUCGCCGUGUUUGUGCAAGGGCUCGAUGACAUAUGUCCAUGUGCACUGCCUGGAGUGUUGGAUUAGCACCUCGCGGUGCACCACCUGCGAGUUGUGCCAGUUCCAGUACAAUACGGAGCAGACUCUGCGAUUUCGUUGCAGGUACACCUGUCUGCAGUCGCUGCGCCUGUGGUACACGAGGGCCAUGAGUCGCAGGGCGCUGCAGGAGGACUGCCAGAUGUUCUCGCUGCUCACGCUGGUGGCCUUUGGCAUUAUCGGGACCCUGCUGGUGGGCAUCCAGUACUACGCCCUGCACACCCACUCCUGGGGACUGAGUAAGCUGUGGACCAAGUCCUGGAUGCUGUUCUUCCUGUUCAUGACGAUCACCGUUUACUUUGCCAAUAUCUACAUGCUGAUCAAGUCCCAGCUGACGCCCUGGUAUCGCUGGUGGCAGUCUGCGCGGGACAUUAAACUUAUCCUGGAGAAUCGGCGACCGUUUCCCAACCCAAGUCGCUUCCUGCGGCCAUUUCACAUGGAGACGGCCUCGACGACAGCCUCUAUGUUCACCCACCACGAUCAGCAGGAGGUACCGGUGACUAGCUCCUCGCCUGCCCUCGUGAUCACGUCCAGCGACGAGGAGGCGGAGGCUAAGUUGGCCCCCAAAUGGGGUAUGCGACUGGACAGCGAUGUCCUCGCCGCAGUGGUGGCGGCCACCGUGGAAUCGAUUGCUGACGCAAGUGCCCGCGAGAGUGAAAAACAGGACGAGGAGCAACAGCAGAAUCCGUUGCAACAGCAACAGCAACAACGGCAACCGGAUGGCGGCAACUGAAAGGGCAAUGACGAGCACUGGACUGGGUCUCGAGGGGAUCUGGAUGGAUAGCAUGGUGGAUAGCAAGGUCUGUGCAAGUAAUUAAGACUCAAGGGCAAGGAUUUGGCUGGGCUUACGUUGUUCGCGUGUCAUUUGUUUAAUGUAGUUUCAAUGCCUCAAAUUAACUCUCUCUCUCGAUGAGAGCUCGAAAUAAAUGGGUGGAACCGUUGGAGGAACUCCUGUUCUUGUUUUCCUGUUCUCCGGUUCGUGCCAGCACUUUGGCUGCUUCCUCCAAGGCGCACAACUUCCGGUUUCCGGCCUUGGGCUCACUUCUCUCCCCCACUCUCACCCACCUCUCCGGCCACCUUAAAGCGGGUAUAUUAAAGCUGAUAACACGGACGCACAAGGAUGAUGGCUGAGCCAGUCACGUGAUUGAUGGCUCAUAAAUUAGUCAUUUUGCUAGAGCGAGCACCCCCGCCUAUUUGGCAGCGUGUGGGCGUUUAUUUUCCAGGGAAAGCAGGAGGAAUUGCAGCACUCGUUAAGGAAGGCAACUCCCACAGGACGUUGCUCGGUUGUCGCCUGUCUUGUUUGGCCAUUUUUCUCCCAGUCUCGAGUGCAGCCUCGAAAUCAGCCGGUAAUUUGGUCUAGGCCUCCUACACAUCCACUUGCCCCCCUUGCCAUGGCAUAGCAUUUAAUAACAGGCCAAGUCCUGGUUGCUAAUGCACACUGGUUCGAGGAUCCGGCGUAGUUGCCUGAAUUUUGAGUGAUUGGACUAUCUGUCACCACUCCCGGGCCACUGUAUGUAGUAGGCCAAAAAAGGGCUAAUCCUGGCUAAGAGAUGCGAGCGCUGGCCGCCCACCUAAUGUGCCAGUGAUGUUGACAUAUUAGACCAGGCACUCCAACCCGCCUCGUUUGCGUAUGGGCCAUAUUUGGCAAGGGGUUAACAACCCACUGCGACCUUCAAUCAUUUAUUUGGCUUUGGACUAUGGACUUUGGACUAGGGCGAAACGAAAAGAAACGAAACGAAACAAAAGGAACAGGACCCCAAUGGUUUGACAAUCACGGAGCGGAAUGAUUGAGUGCCUGCAAAUCCCAAACGGAAUUUUCAUUUAUUUUGCACAAUUUCCAUAUGUUAAGCCAUUGACUUUGGUACCCUGCCUUUGGGCUGCUUUUUUAUCAGAUAUGCCAUUGGCUCUCAAAUGCACGUACACUAAAAACUAA